CCUGGGCGGGGAUGGAGCGCCGCCCCUGGGCUCGCGGCGCCGCCCGAGACGUACGUGUGCACGGUUCGCGGCGGAGUAGAUGCUGAUAGGGCCCAACUGACCGGAGCCGCCCGGGAGCUAGAGGCGACUUCCUCGGCGUCCUGUCCGGCAGCGCGGCCCGCGCCGGCUCCUCGGAUGAACCCUCCAGUUUCCCGACUCUGAGAGGCGUCUCUCCCCCGCCCGACCGCCCAGAUGCAGUUUCGCCUCUUCUCCUUUGCCCUCAUCAUUCUCAACUGUAUGGAUUACAGCCACUGUCAAGGCAACCGAUGGAGACGCAGUAAGCGAGCUAGUUAUGUAUCAAAUCCCAUUUGCAAGGGUUGUUUGUCUUGUUCAAAGGACAAUGGGUGCAGCAGAUGUCAACAGAAGUUGUUCUUCUUCCUUCGAAGAGAAGGGAUGCGCCAGUAUGGAGAAUGCCUGCAUUCCGUCCCAUCGGGCUAUUAUGGACACCGAGCCCCAGACAUGAACAGAUGUGCAAGAUGCAGAAUAGAAAACUGUGAUUCCUGCUUUAGCAAAGAUUUUUGUACCAAGUGCAAAGUAGGUUUUUACUUGCAUAGAGGCCGUUGCUUUGAUGCAUGUCCAGAUGGUUUUGCACCAUUAGAUGAAACCAUGGAAUGUGUGGAAGGAUGUGAAGUUGGUCACUGGAGCGAAUGGGGAACUUGUAGCAGAAAUAAUCGCACAUGUGGAUUUAAAUGGGGUCUGGAAACCAGAACACGGCAAAUCGUUAAAAAGCCAGCAAAAGACACCAUACCGUGUCCAACCAUCGCUGAGUCCAGGAGGUGUAAGAUGGCCAUGCGGCAUUGUCCAGGAGGGAAGAGAACACCCAAGGCAAAGGAGAAGAGGAACAAGAAGAAGAAGAGGAAGUUGAUGGAGAGAGCCCAGGAACAGCACAGCGUCUUCCUAGCGACAGACAGAGCUAACCAGUAAAAUAAAAGACAUUAAUGGUGGAUGUUUGGGGGGUUUUCGUUUUUGCAAAAGUGCACAAAGCUGCUCUCCACUCCUGCACACUGGUGUCCAGCACGCGUGCUGCACUGACCAGUACUGGUUCCCAGUUACAUUGUGAAAGGCAGAGCCACAAGCAGGGCCUCUGUUAUUUAUACUUUGAUUUGAGUCCCAAGACUGAAGGCAGGAGCGUGUUGACCUGAAUCCGUGGAAGCAGGUGUGAUUGCACAGCCUGGGACUUGGCUCAGUGUGUGCUGAGAGGAUCUGUCCCCAGCACCAUGGCCAUGUGAGAGGCGUGCGACUUGCUGACCACCGCUGGAGGACGGACUUGUGCCUAUUUAUGUGAAAGAAGAUACUCGGCAGGCAAAGCGCUACUCACUUGUGACCUUCGUUUCUCACAUCGUGCAUUUUUGAGGAUAAAUGUAUGUGGAUAUCUGCUUAGUGUCCCCACAUGGGUCCUCAGCAUCUGUCACCUCCGAACUGUUGUGUGCCCGAACUGCUUUUUAGCUGGGGAUAUGUAAGGGAAUUCCCACUCAGUUUCGCUGCCGCUCUCAUCUGUACAUAUUCUGCUGGGGCGACAUAGGAAGCUCGUAUUUACUGUAUAUUUAUGCUUUCUUGUGUGUAAGAAGUUAUACCUGACUAAUAUGAUGUCACUUUGUUUCUAGUGGUUCCUAACCAUUGUCCAGUACGUGACUGUUCUAGUUCUGAGAAUUGACAAAUGUUUUGUUGCCUCUUGAAACUUUUUAUUUUUUAUUUUUUUGUGGGCUUAUUUCUCAUUGUAAGGAUAGGAUAAGCUAGUUUGUAUAUAGGGUCUAAAGACCAGUGUCAAAGAGUUUGAAAAUUGACAGAUCUUCUCCACUCCAUGUGUCGCACACACAGGUAAAUGAGCAAGUGGCAUCUGGCAGGGAGAAGCCACGACUCCCUUUGAAUUUUAAGAACCGAUGACUUCAUGAAACAACCGAAAGCAUGAGGGAUUACGUGCUGACACUUGUACCACCAAUCCUGCAGUGUCACAGGCCAACUAGAGAAGUUUUCAAACUUAUUUCUGACUUCAUUAAAAAAACUUAAAACAGUUCCUAACUUUCAGUGACAAGGCACCUACCAAUUUUGGGGGGAUUAUUAUAGAAGUUAUCAAAGUCCAUGCAUUGAGUUUAAGGAGACAAUAGGGUGAAUGACUACAACUGCUUGUCAGCCCUUCAUAGAUUUCCAUUGCACCAGAAUCAUUUUAUAGCCAAGGCAAGGAGGAACACUCUGGAAAUUUUCCUGAUCACUUUCAACUCAAUCGUUUUGAAAUUUUAAAAGCAUCAUUGUCCACUUGGGGCAAAACUGGUUGUUCAAAGGGUUGUGAUUGGUCAUUUCUAUCC